UAUCAAUUUAUAUCCACCCUCGACGCAAGCCAUCUCAGUCGCACGGUCGAGCGUCGACUCUUCGCAUCUCUCGUCGGGCGCGGCGCGGCGCGGCGCGUCGCCUCGCCUCGGUCGUGUCCGCGACAGCGUCGUGACGCCGACGACGUCGUCCUUUCUUUCUUUCUUCUUUCCUUUCUACCUUCCUGCCUUCUAACGUGGAAGGAGGAUCGGAGAGGAGAAGGCAGGAAAAACGCGAGGAUUCUCGAGGAACAACGACGACGACGACGAAGACAACACCGACACCGACACCGACGCCGACACUAACAACGAUAACGACGACAACGACGACGAAGACGAUGACGAUGAUGACGAUGACGACGAUGAAUAUAACGAUGACGACGAUGAAUGACGACGACGACGUCGGCUUCGCUGCUGGCUGCUGACCGAACCGCCGGGUCAGUGUGCGUGAGCGUGCGGAAGAGCGUGCGAGAGCGUGAGCUUGCAAGAGGGUGCCGCCGUACCGGGGGUGUGGCCAAGGAUGGUGAAGGCUCCGACGAUGGGUCCUACCGGAGGACCCCAGGGCAUCAGGAAGAUUCAUCCCAGUCCGGAGAUCGCCAUGAAUCCUAGGAACCUGCAGGCAGCCACCACCAAUCUCACCCCCACCGCUCUGCGCUCAGAGGCCAACACUCUCGGCGCUACGACGCACGCCUUUCAUCCUCAGGUGGACGUUUCGACUCAAGUUGAUCUUCACGGUGGUGGAUCCUUUCAUGGUGAUUGGGACCGACGAGCUACGCCACUUUACUCGCGAGAAGACAUAAAGGAACAAUAUUGCAUAACUAGCAGACAAUUGGACGCUGUUGAAAAGUCGACCGGUGGAUUUUUUGGUUGUCUAUCAACGAGAGGACCUUCACCAUGCAGUUCGACGAGAAGCUCCAUUCUUUCAGCUUGCGUUCGAAGUGUACCAAGCGACGAAAAUCUCUGCGAUGCCCCUUAUCCUCGACAUUUACAGAUCAUGUAUCAGCAACCCUAUACGAACUUUUCCAGAGGCCUUUCCCGUUACCAUCUCGAAGAUGACAUCGAGGUCUUUCGACGGAAACCAAGACCUUUUUGCACAAUCUCCGAUCCUAAAAAAUACAUGUGGUUGCCCGAAGACGAAGAAUCCACCAGGAUGGAAGGCCCAAGACCAGUAUUACCCCCUGCGCCACCACCACCAUCUGUGCAAGGUCCUCAAGCUCCUAAAACGAAACACGUGAGUUUCGCUAGAUCGCAUACGCUCACGUCUUUCGACGUUCCCAGGAGUAUAAGUCCACCGAAGCUGCACAACCCGGAACGCCUUAUUGACUCGAAGCCAACGAUGCAAAACACUCUGUCCUCGAAUUUACCCCUUGUCCACUCUUACGCUCCACUCAUCCGCGAAAAGUUUCCGAAACGUGGUGUCAUGAAAACGCAAGCUACUCAGACAGAAAUCCCAGCAGGUUUUCGUGGUAGAGUACCUCCUGUAACUCUCAGUCCCAGAACCAUACAUCGAGUAAAAAUGGUCUCGCAGGGAGCCCAAACGAAUGGUCUCUUUAAUGGUAGAAAGUUGACGAAAAGCUAUUCCGAGGCUGGACAAUUGGGGACACCUUUGGGUGGUAUACAAACUAGUUCAGGAUCUAAAGAAGAAAUAGAACACGAGCCACUUCACAGAACGCAAAGCGAGGAACCACCACGAUCACCGUUCAUUGUCGAUACUCCACCUCCUCAUCUUCCUAGUUAUGCCAUCACCGAGGACGAAUCUUUGCCUAACGGAGACAUCGACGGCCCUUUGUGUCCUUCACAAGAUCAACGACAAAAAUCCAUCGAACUCGAAGACCAAGAAAUCCUUAUAGACUUUAAGCCAGCUCCGGUCUCACCGGACGCCCGUGCCAUUCUUAAUCGUCUAUCAACGCCCACGCGAAGGUUCCUACCAUUACAAAAAACUCUCUCCGAUGGUGAGAUUCGAGUAGAAAGACGAGAAUUAGUCGGUGAAGCUGGCGAGCCAAGUUAUCCUCAUACGUGUAGAAGAAAUCAUCAGGAUCCAUGGAGUAGGACGGUUAGAACGUCCGUUGAAUUUUCAUCUACUCCGGAGGAUCUUUCUCUUUUACGAGUACCUUCUCCUCAAGACGAUCAUCACGAGGAAGAAUUUCAUGAAAACCUUAUUCGUCGCGGACUUUUCCGUAAGAGGAGCGUAUCUCUCGAGGAUGGAGUACAGGGUCCGUUAUCCGGUGAUUUUAUGUUACCUAGGUCGCUUCCAACAUCGCCUACCUCGCCAACGUCAUCAGCACCUCGACGAAUACCUCAAAGUCCAAAAGACGAGUUACCGUUGACCCACCGAUUGUCACACACCGGAAAGAUUUUUAUUCCUGGCAUUAUAUCCAGAACAUCUCCAGUGACCGGCAUUAUUGGGACUUCUCCGUUCGCCUCGAGUGAUUCCCUGGCGAACGACAUAACGAGGGACCACAGCGAUGGAAUUUGGAACGAGUCCCAAGCGACGGUACUUCAAGCCGACUCUCUCGCUUUGUUAACCCCAAAAAGGAGACUCCUCCUACUUCUGCAACAUCAGCAAGACUCUUCUAUGGACACCGAAGCAUUGGACGCCGAAGAUGUGAAGGAGAUGCACACGCCCAGUCCAAGAAUACGCCUCGAGCCUGCAACGCCUGUACAACCUCUCACGCCAAGCGCUGAUACUUCUGUAACAACGAGCAACGGUAGAGCUAGAACUAGUUUCCGUCGUUCUAGUCCAGCUCCGCCAUUGUCUCAACCACAGUCACAAUCGUCGAGCGAGUUUUGUUUGAGUCUCGCUAGAACGGACUCUGGUGGUCGUACAAACACUGAUCUUUCUGAGACCUCGACGACCGAGGAUUACUUCACUGCCAAUACCUCGACCGAAACUGGGACCACGACUGGUACCUCCGCGACUACGAGUUCCUGGUCGAGGCCACCGCAAACGUCCAGUGCCGCGGCUUCGGCAUCAGCACCAGCAUCAACCACAGCCACCGCCGCGGAGGGUAGCUCUUUCGAGAGCGCUAGCUCUAUAUACAGUCUAGCGAGAAGCGAGGCCGUGGUCGAGGAACCUUGCAGUCCACGACCGAUCGAAGAAGAGACAGAAGAUCCUUUCAGUUUGGAAGAAUUACUUUCUCCUGCCAGAUCAACGAGCAGCAGUAGUUCAGGAAGCUACGAUUUGAAGGACGCAAUGGCGACGAUGCAGGAACUUGAUCAAACAGCACCAGAAAGUGGUCACGUUUCUGAAGCGGAGUUAGACAAAGAUGAAGGACAUCGUUCGUCUUCCGGAGGAUAUGCCGAAUCCCCACCAGAUCAGCAUGCUUGGAACGAAGAAGAACGUCGGAGAAGACGGAAACUGUUCACUUUAGAUCUAACUAAUGGAAUGACUGGCACCGAAUCGGAACAUAUAACCGAAUCUUUAUAUUUAGAAAACGUGGGCGUUCCUUCGAGAUCGCGAUCAAAACAAACAUCUUCGAGAAGUCCUCAUCGUAACAAUAGGAAACGAGAUAACGGUCAAUUGCAGCAGAUUCAACAACAGCAACAAAAGCAACAACAGCAACAACAACAGCCAGGUAGUCGAAGUCCUCAGAAAGAGGAAUGGAGAAUGGAACAAAGUGAAGAUGGUACACACGCAGCUACAUCAGAUGAUUCUAGCUGUAGUCAUUAUUAUCGUAUGCAUCAUCAUCAUCAUUAUCAUAUGUAUAGAGACACUGGCGAUAAUAGUAGGCAUCGAAGAACAAGGGACAGUCCAAGAAGAAAAAAUGGCGGCUAUAUUCCUGCAAGAAGACGAAGCAACGAGGAUAAGAAUGCUGCUAUAACUGGUAGUUUGCCACGAAGAAGAUCUCGUAUCGCAGACGAUGUCUGUUCGAAUCGUUUGAGUCUCGGACGUUAUCAACGUAGUCCUGGACACGAGUAUCGUGCUGUUAUUAUAGAUCAUCAUAGUCCAGAAGCAAGAUUAAAGGCUCUCUCAGCCGAAUCUCUUAGAUCGGUUAGUCCUGGAAGUGACAGUGUAUUUUAUAGCGAGGGAACCGAUCAACCGUAUAUAGCGGUAGCUACUUUAGAUGAACCUCAUUGUCAUCAUUGUGGGAGGAAGAUUUACUUCGAGGUUUCCGAGGAGAUCGUCAAACCGCCAGCGGAUUUUGCUGACUCGCCGGAAGGACAUAGGUCAACUAGUUCGAAACAUGGCUCUAGUCAGAGACUUUACAAGAAGUUUGACAAGAGAUAUCGUUUGGAAGAUCGUAGCGAUAGAAGACAUCGCCGUAGUAGUGCUGGUCGAUCGGACAUUCGGGCAAAAUCGGAAGAACGAGCUGGACCGAGAUCAGGAAGUAGAGGAUCGAUCGAUGAAACUGCUGCUGGUAGAAAGAGACUACAAGUUCGAAGCACCGACGCUAGCAUGGAGAUUCUCACAGGCAGAGAAGACGAAGAUGAUUACGUUGAACCAUACACCGGAGGAGAAUGGAUUUACAUCGGCGAUGUCGAGGAGAGUCACGUGUGGCGUCGUCCAGAUAGUCGCGAUGGUGAGGACGACAUUUUAGAAAGUGUACUGAAAGAACGAAGGGGUUCUCAAGAAUCAACGGAGAGCGAGAAAAAUUUUCGAAAGAAGUAUCAAGCUGCUACACAUCGGAUGGUGCAUCGAAAGAGUAGCGGCGAGAUGUACAGGAGGAUACAAACGAAGAACUUUGAAAGCGACAAAAGGGUGAUCGUGAAGCGUGAGGCCGACGGUGAGUUUGGCUUUCGGAUUCACGGAUCAAAACCGGUGGUAGUCUCUGCGAUCGAACCUGACACACCUGCUGAGAGUUCCGGUUUGGAGGUUGGCGACAUUAUAAUGUCGGUGAACGGUAGAAGCGUCAUGGACGCGACCCACUCGGAAGUCGUCAGGUUGGCUCAUUCCGGUACAGAUGUCCUCGAGCUGGAAGUCGCGAGGACGUGCAACGUCCUAGCACCACGAGUGGUCAGGUCCGGGGCUAAGGAUACACAGGACGAGCCAAUUUGUACAGGUUACCUAUGGAGAAAAUCGGCAACUUCUUCUAACAUGGACAAAUGGGUUCGCAGAUGGUUCGCUCUACGUCGUGACAAUUGUCUCUAUUAUUAUAAGACUGACUCGGAUUCACAGCCGGUAGGAGCGAUAAUGCUCUUGAAAUACGAAGUGGAAACGACUCCCGAAUUGAGACUGCACAGUUUUGCCAUAAAGAAACAAGCAGCCCCAACGUUACGGCUCGCUGCCGAUACGGAAGAAGCGGCGAGCAGGUGGGCUACGGUUAUUAAAGAAGCCAUCGAACGAAACAAUCAGGUCGACACUUGGUUAAACGCUUCGUUGAGGAUGCGUGAAUUACCAGCUUGCACGAUACAAAGACCAGACUGCUUUGGAUAUCUAAGUAAACAACAGGAACACGCAAAGAAGACUUCCUCGCCUACCGGAUGGUCCAGACGAUAUUGCGUACUAAAGGAUGCCGCUUUGUAUUUCUACGAUGACGCUAAUGCCGAGAAAGCCUUUGGUGUUGCCUGUCUCCAUGGUUUCAGAGUUUACGGUAGCGCACCCAAUUCCGGCGGCAGGAAGCACGCCUUUGAGCUGCAACCACCGGAUCCCACGCAAAGGAGUUACACCUUCGCCACGGAGUCCGAGAUGGAUAAGAAACGCUGGUUAGCGGCGUUAGAAUACUCAAUCGAUCGAUGGAUAAAAAUAGGUUGAUGCGACCAACAAAACGGCUCAGAAAGCGAAGACGACGAAACAACACAGCGAAUGAAAAACCAACCUUCACGGGGACCCUAGCCUCUUCUCCCGUUUUCGGUUCCUAUACGUGAAUCCUCGCGAUCGUAACCCGAGAGGUGAUACAAGAACGUUUGCUCGAACUCUAUCGCGACAUUAACAUAAGUUUUCUCGACUAUCGUUCGUAAUUAUCGUAGAGAGAGAAAGGAAGACACUUUGUCAGUUUUAGAGACUUUUCGACAAAAGAUUACGACGACGUACGCAUAAACGUUUUCGAUUUUUGUCUUAUCAACAAAUUGUCAAAGACACUCGUAGUUUCGCGUCAGCGUAGAUCGCGAUCUAGGAAGCUAAUUAAAGAAAAGAAUAAAAAAGAAAAAAAAAAGAAAAAAAAAGAAAGGAAGGAAGAAAGAGAGACAGACAACUUUGAAUCAUUCACAUCGAUUGUUUUAUUCGUGAGAAAGAAAAAUGGAAUACAAAAAAAAAGUCAUACACGUGCGUGUGAUUAGGUGAUUGCGAUGAAAAAAAAAAUAAAAAUAAAAAUAAAAAUAAGAAUAAGAAUAAAAUGAAGAAAAAAGAAACAGCGCAAAUAAUUAGUUAACGCGGAAAAAAAAUCGAUUAUUCGAUUAUAAAAUAGGAAGGUGCGUACGUAUCUACAUAUACACACACGUAUGAAAUACGUUGCGAACGAAUAUUUUGUCGAUGAGAAAGUAUGCGCUCGCGAGCGUGGCUGGAUAAUGCGUGUUAAAAUAUAUGCGUGGAAUUGCCAUUUAAAUUAAUACCGCUGUUCUUACCACCGAUAUUUGUAAUUACCGAUUUUAAGAAUCGUGCGCACGAGACCGUAUGUAUGAAUGUUUCGUGUAUGCAUGAUGUCUGUUUGUGUCUAUGUGUGUACGUGUAGGUUGCGCAAAAAGAAAAAGAGAGAGGAAGAGAGAGAGAGAGAGAGAGAGAGAGAGAGUGCAAAAUAAAUGUGAAUUUUUAUUUAAAUCUCGCGCGCACGUACUCGCAUUUACUCGGUAAGAUUAACAGAAAAAAAAAAGAAAAGAAAAAAGAAAAAAGAAACAGUAAAAGGAAAAGAAAAGGAAAAGAGACGAAACGCCACUAUCUCGGAACAGCCAUAAAUUUAAUUGCGCCUUUAAUGCGCUCGAGCGCACAUAGGACACGAGAAGAAGAAGAAGGAGAAGGAAAAGGAAGAUAAGGAGGAAGAUGAGGACGAGGAUGAAAGAGGAAGAGGGAAGAAAUAGCGAAGGAUGAGGCGAACGAACGAACGCACGAUACGAACGCGUACCGUUUCUCUUCCGUGCUCGGUGGACCGAUCGAGAAGAUGGAAGAAAAAAGACGCGAUCCAGGAUGACGAAGAUAAUAAUGAUAAUGAUGAUGAUGAUGAUGAUGAUGGUGGUGAUGAUGAUGAUGAUGAUGAUGAUGAUGAUGAUGAUGAAUCGUACGAAAUGUUUGAGGGAAUUUCGAAUGACCGUUUUCAAUCUCGGGAUAAUAAAAUAGAAAGAGUUUAAUACA